CACUUUAGGUAGAAUUAUAUCACAAGUAAGUAAUUUUUAAUUAUUUCCAAUUUGAUUCCUUUAAAAUGGUCAUCAUAUAUCUGCUUUUUUAAUACCCCCUCAAAACUCCAUUUCCCACCACUGCAAAUUAAAUACAUUUCCAAAAUCAACAAUUGUGGUAACCUAAACAUUUAUCAAACAUACUAUCUAAAACAACUAUCCCUUGAAAGGCCUCUUGAAAAAAACAACAUAAAUCAUUACUAUCUUUAUGUCGCAGAUAACAUCCCUUGUCCCAGACUAGAAUAAUGAUAGUUAUUGUGACCUACAUUAUCUGCCCCUACCUAAUCUGCACACCUGAAGACUAUAUUCCUUCAAGCCUUCAUAAAUACUUACACAAUUAAAUGUUCCUCUCUUACUACCUCAACAGAAUAUUUUCAAAAAUCAAGAAGCAACUACUGAAAAGUCUACUAUUACAUAUUUGAUGAGAGUGUCACCUUUUUAAAUGGACAGAAAAAUGGGAUUUAAAAAGCACUCAGUGAUGCUUCACUUUACACAUAUAUUAGUAUACAAAUUAGCAUAUCUUAAUGUCACACAGGGUCAGGGGUUGUCCAGAUAUGGUUGGAAAGACCACACAGUUCACGACCAUUAAUAUUAAAUAUGACUGGCACACGGACAUGCUGGACACACCACUGCAUAUUUGAAUGCUGUCUUCAUGGGGAGUAUAUAUUGCCAAAAGUAAUAGGAGAGACCAUUUUCAAUGCCGAAUACACUUAUCUUGGACUGUUGAGCUUCUUGGUUUAAAUCUAUGCACAGACACUCCAAAUGUUCAAUACUGUGCAGACCAAUACAGGAAGCAGCCACAGUUGUGAUAACUUGGAGGAUAUCGUAACGAGCACUGUUCGUGUGUGCAUUCUUGGAGUAUAAUUAUACCAGCGGUAUAAGAAAUCUUCACAAUAGGACCCUUCUCUCGACAUACAGUGUACAUUGAAGUCGAACUCCUUUCUAUGAUAUUGGAAUCAGAGGACUAAUUGUGUAUACAGCUCAACAAGUACUACAUGAAAGGAUUCAUGAAUCAUAGGACUGUAAUUUAAAAGUUUGAGCCUUGGACUUGUUAUGUAUAGUUGUGUACUGCACCCUGAACUUCCAUAUUAGGACUGUAGUCCGUUUUCAGUAAUUUUGAGCUUUAGACCAGCUAUGAGCUCUUGUGUGCUAUUUUAAUAAGAACACGUAAAUUGAAAGGAUUUGGACCAUAUCUCACCUUUGAACAACUAACUCACUUGCCUCACUUGGAUCUGCCGAAAUUUGUUUGCCUUCUUGUGCUGUGACACCAUUCUGUUCCACCAUGGAAAAAACUAUAUGAAAUUUUUUUUCAUUGAUUCAUUCAUCCACGGUACUUAUUCCAAGGUUGUGAAGUACGUCUACAUAUCAAAAAAUGGAUCAAGUGGAUCACAUGUUCAACCCAGGUACAACUGGAAAGCCUUACUAUCAUAGCCAGUAUUAUCCUUCUUCUUCAACAUCACAUGACCAAAUCGGCAGCAUCGGGGUACGCGGGCCGCCAUCUUUACAAAAUGUCCAACAGAGGGACAGGCACAUGGAUUACUCUGAAACUUAUGGGAGCAGAGAGCAGGGCUUGGACCCCAGGGGGAUGCUGUCUCAACUGGCCAUGGAAAAUGGCACAGCGCGAGGCCAGCAGCCCUAUAUGAUGGACACCAAGUCCAAAGGGUCCAUGCCACCACAGCUUGCGGACCACAGCUCUAUGAGAGGACCACCAGAGACCGUAUGGAGCCCAAGCUCACGCAUGAGCAUGUCGAUUACCAAUUCGAAAGGAUUAUUGAAUGGGCCUGGAGAGAACAACUGCUUCCUGAAUAGUGCCGUUCAGGUUUUGUGGCAUCUGGACGUAUUCCGUCGUAACUUCAGGAUGCUAACGGGACAUGCAUGCAUGGGAAACUCGUGCAUUUUCUGUGCUUUGAAGGUGAUAUUCACACAGUUCCAGUAUAGCGACCAGUCCGCGUUGCCACCUGAUGCACUGAGGAAGGCGCUGGCACAGAACUUCUCCAAUGAACAGAGGUUUCAGCUAGGUCACAUGGAUGAUGCUGCAGAAUGCUUCGAGAACAUCCUGACUCGUAUCCAUAGACACAUAGCCCAGGAUGAGAAUGAAGAUAUGUGUAAUGCACAGCACUGUAUAACCCACCAGAAAUUUGCUAUGACUGUGGUAGAACAGGUUGUGUGUAACAAGUGUGGGGCCACCUCAGAACCUCAUCCCUUUAGUCAGAUGGUUCACUAUGUGUCUACAAGUGCCUUAGCGUGGCAUACCCAGCGUAUGGUCAAGGAUGGGCUGCCAGCAGAGGAUGUCCACAGAGCCUUCAGCUUACUACUGAGAAAUGCCUCAUCUGAGGGUGACAUGAGGAGUUGUCCAAGUGACUGUGGUGAGAGAAUACCAAUCCGCAAGAAUCUAAUUAACUGUCCUGAUGUUGUGAGUAUUGGCCUAAUUUGGGACUCAGAUCGUCCAGACUCUGACCACAUUACACAGGUCAAUCGCUGCAUUGGAAAGAAUAUAGUGCUCUAUCAUUUGUUUCACCUAGCAGACACUAGGGCCAGUACCUUAGAACUGAGGGGUGUGGUCUGUUACUAUGGCAAACACUACUCUACAUUCUUCUUCACAAAGAAAGGCAUCUGGAUCUACUUUGAUGAUGCCACCGUAAGAGAGAUAGGACCUGAUUGGUCCAGGGUGGUGGAUAAGAUGUGUCGAGGCCGAUAUCAGCCACUCCUGUUGUUGUAUACAAACCCCAAUGCCACAGCAAUUGAUACUGAUACUGCACUGCAAAAGACUACCAUGGUACCAGGACAUGAACCGUUUAACUGGCCAGGUAGUCCUGGCAACCCUGCUAACACAGGAAAUCAAGGUCCUGCAUCUGUAGACUCCCGGAAUUCCACACAGUCUCAUAGCCGCCCUGCCCCACGAGCUGGACAAUAUCGCAGAACAAGGGAAAUGCCCCCAUCUGCAACGCUACGCAGGGCGGUUACACCUAACCCAGAAUCUCAACAGCAGAGAGAAGAGUUCACAGUGGAACCACGGCGUGCUGUCACUCCAACGCCAGAGUGGCAUGCCUAUGACAGCGAUGAGGAUUCAGCCAAUAAGAAACAGCUGGCAGUUGACCACAGGAGACAGUCGAGUUAUUUGAUAGCAGUGACUGGUUUACCAGAGGAUGAGAAAACAGAUACUAAAGGUCACAAUGCUCAGACUGAUUUGAUUAAUAAAGUGGCUCCACCUAUGGUUCAGAACUCUGGUGAUGUGCCAAAUUCAAAUUCAGGUGCUGAUGAAGUGGACAAUUGGACAUUAUCUACACAGGGACAGUACAGGAGACCUAACGCUCCUCAGCUGUCGCCAAACUCCACCUCUGCUUUCAGUGCUCCAAUCUUUAGCAAGCAGGGGCCACAGAAACGUGACAGUGGAAAGAAAGGACGCCCAAAACUGGGGGCAGAUAUUAUAAGGUACCAGUCCAAUUCUGACACAUCCCCAUCUCCCAAUGGUCUACAGACUGAUGGAUUUGAAUUCGGCCAGUCAGGUUCAAAACCAGGAUCUGAAUACAUAGCAGGGUUCGACUUUUCUAGAGACAUGGAGGACCAAAUAAAAAUGGAGCCUCUUCCUGAACAUAUCGUGGUCAACCCAAACCCAUAUCCACAUACUGUUAAACGUGCUGUGUCAGUAGAUGAGAGACUUGGUGGGGACAUCACAUCAGAUAAACCUCAACAACAGGUGGCAGCAGCUCACAAGAAGCGCCCCCAUAGUGCUCGCUCCGGCAGAACCAAAGAGCUGCUGGACCAAGGCUAUGGUUCCUUGCCCCGUAAGAGCACAAGACAUCAAACAAUAUCCAACCCGUACUACCCCCAGGAGUACCUCAAUCAGAAUCAAAUUCAUGAGAUGCUCCAUGGCAAAGGAGUAGAGGGCACCACAGAGCCCCUGCCGAAGAAAACCAUGUCCAGAUACAACUCCGAAAGUAGAAUUGAUGCCAAGUACACUGCUAAGGGAGAAGAUGUGUCAGAUAACAACUACAUCAGUCGACGGGCAGUGGAGAGUAUUCUCAAUAAACAGAAGAUUAUUCGUCAGAAUUCAUCCAGCAGUGCCAGCAGUGGUGUUCCUACACCAGUUCUCCCAAGAAAGGACCUUGCAGGGGAAGGUGAAAGAGACGGCUUCUGCCUGCCAUUGAACAAACCUGCCCUGAAAGUGGACAUACCUGAUAAUGUGUCCAGAGACUCUGGCUACAGUGGAGAUAGGGCAAGUUCCGCCAGUAGCACCUCCGCAGACUCUCCCCUCUUGGAUCCACGCCACACAAAUGGUGCAUUCUUUGGUCGCACACAUGGACCUAUGCUGGGAGGGAAGAGCUCACACGGAGGACAGUAUGAUGGAAAGUCGUCUUCUGAAAGUCUAAAUUCCAACCAGGGGAACAAUGGAAACAUUCAGCAAUUUAAGACGGAUCGUAACUUGACCCAGAUUCCAGAGAACAUCGCUACAUUUCAGGCUCCCAAGGCAACUGCUUUCUUUAAGGAGAAGUUGAGAGAAUCUUCCAAGCAAGGAAGCAAACCUGAAUCAACAGAGAUCAAUGUAACCAAGAAAGGACCAAUGAGAAUCCAGAAGGAAUAUGAAGGCGAUGAACCAGAUGGUGCUGAAACCUUUGAGAAGCUAUGUUUGAAGGCAGAAGAACUUGAGAAUGAAUCAUUUGAGAAGGAAAGACGAGGGGAUCUUCACAUGUCAAUGUGGCUGUGUACCCAGGCUACAGCAUACUUCAAGAAAGCCAUGAAUGCCCCAGGUGCCAGUCAGCACUCCAUGGUGCAUGCUCAGAAGAAACACAGUACGUGUGUGCUCCGGUCGCGCAGUCUGCACAGGCGUAUCAUGAGCAGGCAGACAUCUGCACAGUCAACAUGUAGUGAAGUCAGCAGUGAGGAUCAUAUCAGCAUUAGCUCCCUUAGCACUACAGACACCGACACCAAAGACCUGGAUUCCCCUCCAGUACGAGAUGAACUCCAGAUGCAAUCUAGAGAGAUCCCAAGGCAGACUUCUGCGCCAGAUCUGCAAUCCACGAGACACAGGGGUGACGGAGGUCAUCGACACAGGUCAGAGGGCAUGCAUCGCAGUCACAGUGUUCAUGGGAGAAUGGCAGCACCACCUAUAGAUAGUAAUAUUGCCCAGCAACCGAGAAAGCCAUUGCCUAGCUACCAGGAGGUCAUGUUCAGGAGGUCCACCAGUGUGUCUGAGGCGCAGCACAGGGGACAGUCUGAGAUCCCACACUCUAAAUCAUCAGAUGGUGUCUCCAAUUCAGCAGUCAAUGAUGCUGAACGUGGCAUCCAGCUGUAUGGGACUUUACCAAAGAAAUCAAAGCAGAAAGCUGGCCCUGUUGCAGCAUCAGCAGCACCAGUGGGUGAGCAGGGACGUGGCGCUAACAGAGAGGCAGAGAUUUAUCAGGACUACUUAAGCAAACAAAAGGUUGUUCAGUCUCAGCAGCAGCAACAACAACUGGUGCCCCCACCAGGAGACCAAUUUGAUAGGAUCUCUAUAACAAGCAGCCAGACAGUACCCACAAGUCUGGGACCUACCACACAGAGUCAGAGUAAGAUGACCAAGGAGGAAAUACGAAGACUGCUACAACAGAAUAUGAUAGAAAAACAAAGGUCCAGAUCAUCGGAUGGUCAAGGUAUGCACAGCAGACAGAGUUCAACUUUAUCAACACAUUCCAAUUUAAGUGAUGUUUCCUCAUCCAAGUACAGCAUAUCAUUAAGUCAUAGUCAACAACCUCAGCAUCCUAUGGGACCACCAUCACAGACACAGGGGAAACAGCUUAUUCCACCUGUAGCAACACAACAAAUGCAGUAUCCCCAGUCUAUACAGCACCAGCAGCCUCCUGUCAAUAAUAAACGUCAACAGCAGCAGUCAAGACAUCCACAAGUACAGCCUUCAGUUUCACAACCACAGUCGAGGCAGCAACAGUCAGUAGUACCACCACAGCCAUCAUCAUCCACUCACCCACCACAGCAACAAUCUACCAGAAUACCAAGGCAUGCUCCUGAGAAGAUUUACGCUGUGCCAAAUUCUCGCCCCGUCAUUCCAAAUCACAAUCCACUCCAACAGGGACCAACACAGGGAGUCAAGGUACCACAGGGUCAGCAUCCCCAAGGUGUACCCCAGGGACCCUCCCAGCACCCCCAUCAGGGUUCUAAGUUAGAUUUUAAGGAAAGUCAUUAUGCUGUGCCCAGAGUCCAGCCUGAUGCUAACAGCACUACUGGGCAAAUUAAGAAGAUCAACGGUCCAACUAGACCUAGUGGUCAAGUUAUGAUGAAUGGCCCUACAAACUCCAGUGGUCAGAUACCUAGUGGACUAGAAAUGUCCAAUGGUCCAGUGAUUAAUGGCCAAGGAAUUCCCAGUAAGUUGCGGCAACUGGAGCAGCAGAACCUGCAGUUAUUUCAGAGUCAGCAGCAGUGGCAGGCUGCAAACACCAAACCUGCUCCAGUGAAACCUGCAGGGAAGAAGGUUCCACCACCACCUCCAGUCAGGAAGGACUCGGUCCUUAGCAGUCCCAAACCUGUCCAGAAUACACAGAACAAAGUCUUGGGAGCUCAAACAAAAGAACAAAAGGUUGAUGCUAAGGCAACAAAUGGUUCCAAGAACAUGUUAGCACCAUCAGUAGAUGAUUUGCCACUACCACCAUACCCAGAAACCAAUGUCACAAGUGGACCAAAACAAAAUGGCCUCCACACUAGGGAUGACUCGUACAUUUUUGUUGAAAAGCCUUUGGAAAUCAAACACAGCCGACAGAGGUCAGAUCCAAGCUCUUUACAAAAUGGACUACUUGAUUUGGAUCAGUUGGGAGUGAAAGACUUAGCAACUAAGUUUGAAACAUUAAACACAGGUUUGGUCGAUGCAUCCAAGACAUCAAAUUCCACAUCAAAUAAGGGACCCUCACAGCGCAGACGUUCAACAGGGUCAAGGGCACAGAGGAAAAAAAGUGUCACGUUCUCCGAAAACAUAAUUCUCAUUGGCGAUCCUGAUGAAAGUGAGGAAAGCUAUGAUAAGUUUAUGCAUGUGCUACAUCAGACCCUUCAGAGGCGCGAGGCUAACAGCAGAGGGGCCCCUGUCAAUGGGGGGAUAGAAGACGCUAUGGAGAACUGUGACGAGGAUGAUUUCGAUGACGAUUCUGUGGAUAGUUUUGAAAUGAUUGAUGCUCCUGCAGACAAUGCUCUUGUGUGUAACUUGUGUAAUAUGAGACAGGUGGUUGAAGGGCAGACAUACUGUCACCACUGUAGUUAUUACAUGGCUCAGUUUCAACCAAAAACGUAAUGGCCGCAGUAAUCUCUUUAUAAAGUGAUCUCAUCAAAUCCGUACCACACAAAAGAUAUUUCAGUAGUAUUUGAGUCUCUGACUUAAUAAAGCUUUUUUUUUAUCAAGAAAAGGAUGAUAAUUGAUCAUCAUCUUUGAAGUACUUGCUUCCGCCGACUAUGAACCAGCAGUGCAAAAUAAGAGAGAGUUUUUCUUCAAAAUUGAGGGUGUCAAGUGCUUAAUAAUGUAAUGUAGAUAUUAGAAAGAUAUGUGACAUGAUAUAUAGGGGUUCAGAAUAUAAUUUAUAUCUUAACUAAGUGGCUGCUGGCACUGCUACAUUUGAUAUAUUGUGCAAAUCUGUAUCCUGGAUAACAAUGGUUGUCACUGUUAAGGUGUGUUUUUUGUUUAUAUAUAAACAUCUUUUAAGAUGUAAAACAUAUCAGAUUUUCUCUCUUUUAUACAGAUGCAUUAUUUGUCUAAGAGGUUUUACACAGUUGUUAGUGUGUAUUAUCAUUGCUAUAUAAACAAAGCGACAUGUACAUUUGGGUGAAUGAGUGAUUCAUUAUCAGCAAAAAUAACUUGUGAAACAAGAGGUUUGUGUUGGUGAAUGUUUGUUUAUUGUUCUGACUAUAUAUUUUCUCACAAAUAAAUGAAGCAAUUGUGUAUAUAAACUAGGAGAAUGUGAUCGAAAAAUCCACAGAACUGCUGUAUGCAUUUACUAGUGCAAGGAUUUGUUGCUUUUUAGAUGCUAUUGAAGGUGCUUUGAGGGCAGUCUUUGGGAAUGUAUCUUCACUUGUGUGAGCUUUGAAACCCAAAGUAUUAACUAGGACAAAACAUUUUAUAACUAAACAAAUACCUAAAAUUCACACAAAUUUGCAUGGAAUCAUGGUUGUGUUGUAAAUAUUAUAUACAAAUUUAGUCCAAAUUUAUGAACUUGAUGUAUCAUACUCCUACCGCUGCAGUGAUGCAGGAGAAUCUCGAUGUAACCAGAAAUCACAUACUUUAUGGGCCUUUGGGCUGAAAUAAAAUAUAUACUAUAUAUGA